AUGCACGUGUCUGGAGUGCGUGAGGACAAGGCGUUGGGCGCCCAGACUAUGGAGACCCCAAUUUUGGCGAGCAAGUCAGGCAAGAAAGGGAUUGGGCGCCCAGGCUGUGGUGACCCCAAUUGGGCGAGCAAGCCAGCUAGGCGCGUUGGAGCACACGCUGUGGAGAGGCUAGCAAGCCAGGUGAGCGAGGCUGCUGAGGCGAUGAUUCCUGUUAGGAGAGCAGGCUGUGCACCUUGGCAAUCUUGUCAAAUGGGAGUUCAUGGAGAGCCCUCGCGCAAGAGCUGGGUACUAAGGAUGUCGAGACUGAGAUAG